UAAUGCAGAAUAAUCAACAUGUAAGACUUACCCAAGAAAUAACACCUACUCCCUAUGAAAUACCUACCUCUCAGGUUGUUUAUCCACAACUUCCUAAUCCAAAUAUGUAAAUUGGUUAGCCAAUACAACCAAUAAUUCCAACUCAACCAUUUGUUAGAUAAAUCCCAUUAUAAUAAUAACAAUUUCCAUAAUUCUAAUAACAAUAAUUAGUUACUUACAAUCCUACAGCUAUUUCAUAAGGUAUUUAAUAAAAAUUAUUUAAAGUCUAACAUGUUUAUUCUAAAUAUCCUCACAUGAUUACAUGUGCUUAAUGCCAAAGAUAAGUUUAAACACAGGUUAAUUAUGAAGUCGGAAAUGGAGCUUAUGCAAUUGGUGCACUUUUGGCUGCUGUUGGUCUUUGGUUAGGGUAAUUUUAAAUUUCAUUUUCAGAUGUUGUUUGAUUCCUUGCUUUGUCUAAGAUUGUAAAGAUGCAGUUCACUUUUGCCCUGCAUGUUAGGCUAAAAUAGGUAAAAAGAGAUUCUUAUUUGAUUGAA